CGACUAGGGAAUUGUCUGACAGUUGCAUAAGGAGGGUCGACAUGUCGUCAUUUUUGGAUUCGUCUCAACUCCAUUGCUGAGAUUUCGCGCCGGGCUUUCUGCCAACUUCCGUUACUUCCCUUUCUCUUUGCGAUUCUGUGUUCCACAGAGAACAAGCAAGAUGAACGGUGCUCAGGGAUCGCAUUCACUGGCCUUCAGGGUGAUGAGGCUCUGUAGGCCGUCAUUUCAAGUUGAUUCUCCUCUCCGCCUCGAUCCGGUCGAUUUAGUCGCUGACGAGGACAUUUUUGACGAUCCUGUGGCUGCUCGCCAACUCCCUCGUCUCCUUGAAGCCCAAUUGUCCGACGAAUCCGACUCCGAUCCCAGCUACAGUUCCAGAUUCCUUCUUCAUGACUCCUCGGAUGCUAUGGGUCUCACUGGUCUCCUCGUACUUCCUCAAGCUUUCGGGGCGAUUUAUUUAGGCGAGACUUUCUGUAGCUAUAUCAGUGUGAAUAAUAGCUCCGAUUUUGAAGUCAGGGACGUUAUUAUCAAGGCAGAAAUUCAAACGGAGAGGCAGAGAAUCCUUCUUCUGGAUUCAUCAAAAUCCCCUGUUGAAACUAUACGUGCUGGGGGUCGUUACGACUUCAUCGUCGAACACGAUGUGAAGGAACUCGGAAGUCACACGCUAGUCUGCACCGCAUUGUACAAUGAUGGUGAUGGUGAGCGUAAAUAUCUACCACAGUUUUUCAAGUUCAUGGUUGCGAAUCCACUCUCGGUCAGAACAAAGGUCCGUGUUGUGAAGGAGAGUACAUUCUUAGAAGCUUGCAUUGAAAACCAUACAAAAUCAAAUCUAUUAAUGGACCAAGUUGAUUUUGAGCCUUCCCCAAACUGGAAUGCAGUGAUAAUCAAUGCUGAUGAACAUCGCUCUGAACUUAAAUCUACAACAAGAGAGGUAUUCAAGCCUCCUAUAUUGGUCAGAUCAGGUGGAGGAAUCCAUAAUUUUCUUUAUCAAUUGAAAUUUUCAACGCAUGGUUCUUCUCCUCGGAAAGUUGAGGGAAGUAAUAUUCUUGGUAAACUUCAGUUAACAUGGCGUACAAAUAUGGGUGAACCUGGACGGCUACAAACGCAACAGAUUUUGGGUUCUCCCAUUAUUCGCAAGGAGCUUGAGCUGCAUGUUGUUGAGAUGCCAGAUGUUAUCAGAUUGGAGAGGCCUUUUACUUUACAUAUGCGUCUCACAACACAGAUUGAGAGGGAAUUGGGCCCUUUUGAGGUUUGGAUGUCACAAAAUGGUUCAGAUGAGGAAAAAGUUGUUAUGGUUAAUGGUCUACAGACAAUGGUCAUACCAAGAGUUGAGCCACAUGGUUCCACAGAUUUCCACCUGAACCUCAUUGCCACAAAACCCGGAGUUCAGAGAAUCGCAGGCAUUAAAGUCUUCGACACAAGGGAGAAAAAAUCCUAUGACCACCCUUUGCCAGAUCUAGAGAUUUAUAUCGAUCUGGAAUGAACGUCUCGACUUGACUGAUUUGGUCUUUACAAGACUAUUCACUUCCUGCAUUGUUUAGGACCCUGAGAUGUAAACAUCCCAUGACCUGCAUCAUUCCUGGAAUUCAGCAGCCUCAUGGAACCAGUGAUCAAGCCCGACACUCGUUCUCAAGCGUACGCUCGAUAGAGACGCUCUUAUUAGAUGCCUACGGUACUCCAUUCUCAUUCUUUAGUUAGAUUAUUGCAAAAAUGGUUUGUCCUUCAGGCAGAAGGAAGCAACUGGGUAGCAAUAUGGACCCCUCCUUGGCCUUGUUUUUCAAAUUGGAUGGAGUAACGGAAGAGGGAAAUGAUUAUAUAACAAUGUGUUAAUAGUGUUCACAAAAACAGAAAUAACCCCUUCAAAACAGAAAUGACUUUUCACUGUUAUGAAGGGACGGAUAUGCUUCGAAUAGCCGUACCGUACCAUACCAAAUAAUUAUCUGUUUUAUAUUUUUUAUAAAAAUCUUUGACUUAAUUCAGCACA